GGGGGGGGGGGGACGUUCCUUGCCGCGGCAGUCGCGGCCGCCGCUUCUUUCACACUUUAGUUGGGAGCCGCGCACCGCGCUCAGUUACUGGCGAGCUGGCCGCGCGCCGCCGCCUCCCGCCUGCAAGCACGCGGGCCCGGCUUCGGGGUUUUCGGCUUUUACUCCCCGCCGCAGGGAGGAGGGGGAGCCCCGGACACACAGUGGUUAGAAGGAGGAAGAGGAGGAGGCGGGAGGAAGAAACCAGGCUCGGAGGAAAGGGGCGGGGGGCGGGAGGCUGGCCACCUUCAGCCCCCCCCCGCGAGCGCCCAAGGUGCGCACAUCUUGACCGACUCGGCAGGAAGGUUGGUUUUCUUCGUGUUUAAAGAAAAGGAAGAUGUCCCCGUGUCUGUAGAGAUGAUUUGCAGUUCAGCCCGGCUGAAGCUGAGCGAAUGAGACUAUGGGCUGUGCCUCCGCCAAGCAUGUUGCCACUGUUCAAAAUGAAGAGGAAGCCCAGAAAGGGAAGAACUACCAGAACGGAGAUGUGUUUGGCGAUGAGUAUAGGAUCAAACCGGUGGAAGAGGUCAAAUACAUGAAAAACGGGGCAGAAGAGGAGCAGAAAAUAGCAGCCAGGAACCAAGAAAACUUGGAAAAAAGUGCCAGUUCCAAUGCAAGACUUAAAACCAAUAAAGAGAUUCCGGGAUUAGUUCAUCAACCCAGAGCAAACAUGCACAUCUCUGAGAGCCAACAAGAAUUCUUCAGAAUGCUGGACGAAAAAAUCGAAAAGGGUCGAGAUUACUGUUCGGAAGAAGAAGAUAUCACAUAGCACCACUCUAACUCUGCAACCAGGAGCUACUACUGUGUAUAUAGGUGACACCCCAGUUGAAAUCUUUGCAAAGGUCGGUCCUCUCCAAGGAACAGCACUCUAGCAAAAGAAGAUUGUUCCAUAUCGUAUGCCCCAUUAAAUUCCAGUGUUUCCUAUUGAACUUGCAAGGGAAUAUUGCUAAAAACAAACAAACAAACAAAAAAAAACAACUGUUACCGAACUUUCUUUGUUGCUGCUAGUUAAAACUUGUUGCAACUUUUCACUUCUCUUGUGUCCAGGUAUGCAGCAAAACUCUGCGACUCCACCUUAAAGAUACCGUUGGUUUUACAGAGGCUCUCCAACCUAUUUUCUAUAAGAUGAGGUAGUGGUGAACUCAGAUAUCAAACUUCUAUUCUAGACUGGUCCGCUUCUAAGCAUCUCCUUCCCUCCCUCCUUCCUCCCUGUCUCUCCCGAGUGGUCCAGAGCCUUGCUUCUCAAGGGCGAUGUGGCGCUUGGGGGAUGGGAUGGUUGCUAUGGCAAGCCUUGUUUCUCUGCUAAGAACAAGGAGAGAAACUCUUACCGAUUAAAAGCAUGUAGUGACCUGACUCCUGCGCGUGACCCCGGCGCGAGCGGCAGGCGGUUUCCUCACCAGGUAUCAGCUUGAGGAUUGAGCUUUCGACCGACAUGGGCUGGGCUCAGAUGCAGACCGAAGUGUGAUCACAAUCGUUUCGAAUCUCUCUUCCCCACUUUUUUUUUCUAAGAAAAUAAACAUUUUACUGUUUUUAUGGAUCCUUGUCUUCUCCCAUUCAUCCAGUUCAGUGUUUUACUUUGAUCCUCCGUGUGGAAGAUGAGCCCUCCUUUGCAAUGGCAGCGAUGAUGGCUCCCUACCCUCCCUUGAAUGACCCCCGAGCAUUAGCUGGGCAGCGAGUGGUCAGAGGAGAUGAGGGGACAUCCCACGGAGUUACAGGAGGGCCCCAAACCACCCUGGUACCUUCAUUUUGUUAGCCAAUCAGCCAUCCCAUGUCCUCAUUCGCCCCGGGGAGCCCAUCACUUCCUUCUCCCCCUCGCAGCCCUGCCUCGCACGGCGAGAAGAGCUCGCCCACCGCCCACCGGAAAGCAAGCAUAGCACACUCACUCUGCCUUCGUUGUUUGGAGAUGCGCCGCCUGGAGCCCCGGGGCAGGCCUGGGGAGUGUUAACUGUGGGUUUGGUAGAGUUUAUUUUUCCAUAUUUUAUGA